UGCAUGCAUUGGACCAUCAACAGUAUCACAUAGGGACUUGGACAUCGUCCCCACGUGGACAACUUUCCCACGGACGUGCCCUUAACCCCGUUGCCGAUCAGCGUCACCAGCGUUAUUUUUGUGCGGCAACACCGCGGGUCAAACAUUGUCAUUCAAAGCUGCAAAGUAGACUCACGGUUAGCAAGGCGAAAGAGCAUACCACAGCUGUUGUCUUGGAAGGCUGAGAUGCUCUUCUGCCAUCCUUGAUUCGAAUUGGCGGUCAAUAAGAGGACGUCUUGAGUUUCAACCUGGUCUGGUCUGGUCCUCAGCCUCGGCAAAACAAAAGCAGAGUUCUCGUCGUGAUGCUCGUCCGACGUCUCGUAACUUCGUCUCUCCGCCCCCGGGCAACAUUGAGCCCAGUAGUUCAUGCUAGAACCAUCCCUAGCCACCUGUAUACUCGGAUCUCGCCACCUUCACGUCAUGUUCACGACCAAAUCACCAAGAUGCAGACUCGCCACUUGUCAUUCUCGACUAUCCCACGGAUGAUGGCUAGGGCUUUCAAGGUGCCUCUGUACGGGGCUGCCAUUGGCGCGGGAGGAUUUGGCUAUGCAAACUAUAAACUUGAAGGCGUUCGGACAGCGACGAGUGAUUUCUUGAACAAUGUCUCUGAUACCGUUUCGUCUGCGUAUCAUUCCACCUCGGCCAGUAUCUCUUCGACUUUGUCCACCGCCUCGAGCAUUUCUUCUUCCGUUGCGAAUCAACUCUCAGAAACGAUCAAUGGCGUCGCAACCGAUGCGAAGGAUUCCGCAGGGACUUUUGCAGAGGGCACCAGGGAAUGGUGGUCUGCUGUCAAGGAAAAUCUACCGGAUUGGUUUGGAGCCGAUUCGUCGGGGGGACCUGCUGGCGCUGAGUCUGCCUCUGGCUCAGGAUCAAGAUCCGGAGGGAAAGGAGGAAGCAGCUGGAGACCUGGUGAAGGCCCUGGAGAACCAUCGCCCUCACCCGAAGGAGGUGCUCUGCUUGGAUUGCUCGGAGGUAUGGCUUUGUCACAAGAAGACGAAGAGUCAUCUGAACGAGAGAAGGAGCGGGAGAAGAGGUUGGAACAGCGAGCGGAAGACGAUCACAAGGGACAGGAACAUCAAUUGUUGCAGCUGACCAAGAAGUUGAUCGAGAUUCGAUCGGUACUACUCAGCGUGGAUCAGAGCGAUGCGUUAAAGCUGCCUUCCAUCGUGGUCAUUGGCAGCCAGAGUUCAGGGAAGAGCAGUGUACUCGAAGCCAUCGUAGGACACGAGUUUCUGCCAAAGGGCAACAACAUGGUCACCCGUCGACCUAUCGAAUUGACAUUAAUUCACACAUCGCCUGGCGCUGCAUCAUCUUCGACCACCCCUGCUGAGUACGGUGUCUUCCCGGGCUUGCCACAUCUAGGCAAAGUCACUUCUUUCUCGACGAUUCAAAAGACAUUGACGGAUCUAAACCUCGCUGUCCCUCACGAGUUGGCCGUGUCUGAUGAUCCCAUCCAACUUCAAAUCCACUCGCCUCAUGUUCCGGAUCUGACCCUGAUCGAUCUACCAGGAUACAUUCAACUCUCAUCUAUGGACCAACCGGAUGCACUGAAAGAGAACAUUUCAGCCUUGUGUGACAAGUAUAUCCGUGAACCCAAUAUCAUCUUGGCCGUCUGUGCGGCCGAUGUGGAUCUCGCCAAUUCUCCAGCGUUGCGAUCUUCAAGACGCGUAGAUCCGCUAGGGACGAGAACCAUCGGAGUGGUUACUAAGAUGGAUCUGGUACCGCCCACUGUCGGUGCAGAGAUCCUUCGAGGCGAUCGAUACCCUCUGCAUCUGGGUUACAUCGGCGUGGUGUGUAAAGCCCCUCCAUCGGUUGGCGGUGGCGUCUUCAGAUCACUCACUGGGGGGUCAUCCGAUUCGACGUCCAACGUCACUGGCGCGGUCCUGCGACGCGAAGAUGAGUUCUUUGGUGGAAAGAAUGCCAAAGUCUUUAGUGCGAAAGGGAGAUCUGGGGAAAAGAUCAUGACGGGGACGGAUACACUGAGAAGAAGGUUGAUGGAUGUUUUGGAGACGAGUAUGGCAGCGAGUCUGCACGGAAUCACAAAUGCCGUACAAUUGGAGCUGGAGGACGCGAGCUAUCAAUUCAAGGUCCAAUAUAACGACCGGAGGAUCACCUCUGAAUCCUAUGUCGCUGAGACGGUCGAUGCGCUCAAAUCUCGGUUCAAAGAAUACACUUCUCAGUUCACACGACCCGCUGUUCGAUCCAAGCUCAAGACCAUGCUGGAUGACAAGGUAAUGAAUAUUCUGGAACAACUGUACUGGAACGAUCCCCGAACGGCGGAACUAUCUCGUCUGAGUGAAGAUCGUCGAUUGACACCGGAGGAGCUCGACGCUUAUUGGAAAUUCAAGCUUGAAACUGCAUCUUCCCUCUUGACAAAGAGCGGGAUUGGCCGAGAUUCUACGGCAAUGGUAGCGGAAGGCUUGAGACAGUUGAUCGAUUCUCUAGCCACUGGCGAGCCAUUCACCUGGCACCCCGAAGCUUCGUCUCGGAUCGUCGACUUUUCCCAUGCCAUCUUACGAGAACGCAUGGGGAUGACGGCGGAUCAAGUCGAAAACUGUAUCAAGCCAUUUAAAUAUGAAGUCGAGGUGGAUCCUAGGGAAUGGGCAGCUGGAAGAGAAAGGGCAGAGGGCAAAUUUGACGAGGAGAUUGGACUGGUCGAGGGGAAACUCGGAGAAAUUCGAAAGAGAGUAGGAGGUUCAAGGAGGUUAGGGGGGCUGAUCAGGCAUGUGGGUGAUUUGGAAAAGGAAGAGGAGGAACGGAGGCAGAGGAGGAUGAGCAGGUUGAGUCGAGCAGAUGAGGCUGUGUCAGAACAGGAAGAAGGAGGCGAUAGUGAUGGAACCGUCCUAGACGCGUAUAAAUACUCGGCUGCUCAGAUUGUCGAUGGUCGGAACGCCUUGCUAUUGUCGAACCGCUUGACAUUGCUCAAACUGCGAUCCCAAGCUCUCAAAUCGAGGCGAUGCAAGACUGGUCCCGAACAAGCUGCAUUCUGUCCCGAGGCGUUCUUGGCCGUCGUGGCAGACAAGCUGGCGUACACGAGCACGAUGUUUAUCAAUAUCGAGUUGUUGGAACAGUUCUUCUAUCAGUUCCCCCGCGAGAUCGAUUCGCGUAUAUUGUAUGAUCUGAAUCGCGAUGAAAUUGCAAAGUUUGCUCGUGAGAAUCCAAAGAUCAAGCAACAUUUAGACCUUCAAGAGAGGAAAGACAAGCUAGAGCAGGUCAUGAGAUCCUUACAGAGUCUAGUCAAUUUGCAACAAGAAUCCAAGGGUGCAGGUGUUGGGUCCAGUCGUUCAUCAGGCGGACUAUUUACAAAGUUUUUCUGAGGUUCGCGACGUAUUUGGUUAUGAGCGUUGGAGACGGUAUCUCCAGAAUCCUGUUGUAGAGUCUGUACACGUAAGGACGUUUGCCCAAUGCCACGACUCUUGGUUGGAAAUCCUGGUUGGAAUUCAAUGAUGAUACCUGGGUUCGUGUUUAAGGGUUGUGGGUGGAUGGGUGUGUGGCGCAGACUCGGACAUGGGUGUAAAUCUGUUUUGUGACCCAUCAGCCUCUGCGUCAUGCCAAAAGUGGGAUUCAAUAGAUCGACCAGCAUCAGCAUCAGUAGUGGCAGCCGAAGUACAGAGGCUGCUGUCACGCCAGAACAGGACGCGACGCCUCCCUUCCUCCUCCCUCUCUCAUGGAUCUCUGCUCAAUGUUG